CCAGCCUAAAGCCUACCGUUUCAAUUUUUGAACUCCCGAUCCGGCAACCCUCCCCAGCCAGCGUUCCACUCACUCCGGCAUCGCUUCGAAUCUCCACGCGGCGGCGGGACCGCGUGACCGACGCGCGGCGCUGCCCCUUCAGAAAGCCGCAUGGACGCUACCGACCCCCUCUGCGCCAUCUCCUCGACUGCGCGACUCCUUCCGCGGACCCUUGGCCCCGCCCCCGCCAUCGGGCCUUCCCCCUCGAAGGCCCGCGACGCGCUCCUCGAGGCCAUCGCACUCGCCCGGUCUCUGAAAGGGUCUGAGGAGCUGGUUAAGCAGGCUACAAUGGUGCCGAAGGAACACGGGGACAUCCAGGCUCUCUACCAUGAUGAUGGAGUGAAAGGCAGGCCUCCUGCAAAUGGCAGCAAAGAGCAACAGGGAAGAAGGCCAGCACUGGAUCGUAAACGGGCUCGGUUUGCUAUGAAGGACACUGGAAGCAAACCGGUGCCUGUUGUGGAUCAAUCUAAGUUAUCAAAUAUUUCAGAUCCAAUCACAUUCUUCAUGACCUUGGAUCGGCUUGAAGAAGCCGAGGAGGAGAUCAAACGGCUAAACGGAGAGGCAGAAAAACGCACAUUGAAUUUUGAUCCUGUAGAUGAACCCAUUAGACAGCCUGGUUUACGUGGGAGAAAAUCAGUCCGCAGUUUCAAGGUAAUUGAGGAUGUUGGUACUCAAGAUCCCAUUGAGGCACCGGCUUCCCAAACAGCAACUAUGACAGGAUCUCAGUUGUCACAGGAUGUUAUGCAUGCUGUUGCGGGCAAAAAUGGACGAUCUGUUUCCUCAAGAUCUAGUGAAGCUAUUUCAGAGAAAGAAGUUUCAUUAGCUGAGAAGGAUGGCCGUGACGAUUUGACUUAUAUACUGACCUCAAUCCAAGAUUUAGAUGAAUCUGAAGAGGAAGAGUUUAUCCGGAAGACCUUAGGGAUUAAAGAAACAAGGAAGGAAAGAGUUGGUCUUCGUAACUCCAUUCUUGGAGUUAGGUCCCUAAGAAGCAAUACUGAACAAAAAGGUUCAAUGAAGGUCCACCCUCCAGAAAGUCAUUUGCCUCAGACUCGCCAAGAUCGAAUUUCAGAGUUAGAGAAACAUUUGUUUCCUGGAGGUGCAGCAAAUGCUAAAUGCACAGAUGAUGAAUCUAAAGGGUCACCAGAUAUUGUGAUGGGUGAACCAUCAUUGGUGCAUUAUUCUUCUGAUGUUCUGAUGACUGAUGAGAACUUUACUGCAAGUGACGUUGACAGGGAGACCCCAAAUCUGGGUGCCAGAGCAGCAGACCCUGUUCUUGAUCCUGAACCAAACUUGCCUGAUCAUGCAUAUGAAAGGCAACCUGGAGGUUCCUCACUUGGUUUGUACAGAGACACAGAAGUUGGAGUUGCCAAAGAAAAUGAGACAUGUAGCAGGAGCAUUAUAUCUGUGGAGGUGCUUGUUACUAAACUCAUUUUUCACCUUUUACUUAUUCAUUACUGA